UCUGUUGAGAAAGUGUCCAUCAUUGACGAUGACGCCACGCGAGGCGCUACGCCACACGACUGACUAGCGUCGAAACGCGCCACGGGCACCGAACCACUCCAAGUCGUUUCAUCCGUGCAUCAAUCAUCUGAAACAUCUCGCUAGACCAGGUGUCCUUCCUUUCCCUUCAUCCUGUAGACUGUCAUCCUUUCACGUUCCUGCCUUGUCUCCUUCGCGUUGUGCACAUCGCGCUUCAUUGCUCUCCUCGCGGGUCGAAUACACCCACGGAUGCGCGGUCCGCAAGGAAAUUGGAAGCUCGCCUAACAUCUGUUCUUUUCGAGUCGAUAUCUUGUUCCACACACUACGUUUUGGUUUCGCCAUCUUCCUUGAUCAUCUGGAAAAGAGUUAGUAAUUGGUAUUGCAGAACCAUGUCUUCCAGACAAAAGAGGCAGAGUAAGCCCAAGGUGGCAGCAGCGCCGCCGACACCAACGACACCAAAGGAUGCCGAAAGUCGACCUCAGUAUCUUCCAGCGUCAACCGUUCUUAAGAAUGUUUCUCGUGCGGUAGCAUUGAUAUUCAUUGCUGGAGUGGCCUCUCCAGUAUCACAACUCAAUCUGUCACCCAUCUUUGGGUCGAUCCCAGCAUCGUUGCAUCACCAGCAAGCAAUGACUUUGACCGCACUAGGAGGACUUGGUGUCAGACGGCUGCUGAAGGGCUAUGUGUCGGUGGAUGUCUCUGCUUGGGUCACUGUCCUCGCAUACUGGACACCACUCAUCCAAUGUUAUCUGUUCCCACAGAGCACGCAGCUUGGCAUCGAUUACGGGCCUCUGAUCGUCGAAUCACUCACAUACUUUCCGCUCCUGUUUCUGUCCAUGUACGCUGUUUCCGACCUGCUGGACACGGUCGACUUCUCCCGCUGGGACCUACCUUCUGCGCUCGGCGACGCCAUCUUGCCAAUGACUUCGUAUGUUGGUGUGUCAUUUGUCUCCCGAUUUUUCGGUGCACUGCUUCCUGCUUUCGUUGGACAGCAUGUAUACUUGACACGCAUUGGCUUCCAGAUGCUGCUUGCAUCAGCCUCCGCCUUCAUUACCCCUUCAAAGCUCUUGUUCUUGGCCUUCCCGGCGAUCCUGCAUACUCUAUGGAUCAACCCUCACAACCCAGCGGACCACGCAUUCCAAUCCGCAAAUGCUACUCUUGUCGCCACCCAGAACUACACUAUCCUCGCUCGCCAAGAGUCGUUGACUGGCUACGUCUCAGUGGUGGAGAACUACGCCGACAAUGCCUUUCGUGUGAUGCGUUGCGAUCAUUCGCUCUUGGGUGGAGAGUGGCUGGUCACGCCUGACUCAUACAACAAGGGCCAACGUCAGAAGGAAAGCAUCUUUGCUGUCUUCGUCCUCCUCGAAGCUGUCCGCUUGGUCGAGGACCCAGAGCUCCAGCCUGUCAAAUCAGUACCCCGAGCCUUGGACGUCAAGCCCGUUCCCGACUCAGAGAAAUCAGCCCUUGUCAUCGGUCUCGGUAUCGGCACAGCGCCCAACGCCCUCAUCGCACACGGGCUCAACACAACAAUCGUCGAGCUCGAUCCAGUCGUUCACAAGUACGCCACCCAGUUCUUCGGACUCUCACCGAACCACACAGCCGUCAUCUCGGACGCCGUACGCUACGUCGCGGACACGUCCGUUUCCAACCCCAAAUCCUACGACUAUAUCAUCCACGAUGUCUUCACCGGCGGCGCUGAGCCCGUCUACCUCUUCACAACCGAGUUCAUGCAAGGUCUUUACAAUCUGCUGAAAGACGAUGGUGCCGUGGCUAUCAACUACGCCGGCGACCUGACUCUCGGCUCCACCAAACUUGUGUUGAACACCAUCCACGCCGUCUUCCCCGCUUGCCGUCUCUUCCGUGACACUCCUGCGCCUGACGACCACAAAGAGGGCGACAGCGACUUUAUCAACAUGGUCAUCUUCUGCGUCAAGAACGACCAUGGGAAGGGCAAGAAGGCCGUUGGAUUCCGCAAGGCGACAAGCAAGGACUGGCUUGGCAGCAUUGCACGCAGGAACUUCCUGCAGCCGAGAGAAGAGCUGGAAGUUCAGUUUGAGUACGAGAAAGGUGCGCAGGUGAUGGGUAAGGCUGAUGUCGCUGAGCUGGAGGCGUAUCAUGAGGAGGGUGCGGUGAGCCACUGGAAGAUCAUGAGGUCAGUGUUGCCAGCCGGUGUGUGGGAGAUGUGGUAAUGGCAGUGAGAAAGGGAUCGUAUGAGUGGGAGUGUCAUGUUGGAGAUAGACUGUGUAACUUGGAGAUCAAAGCUCAGAUAAAUUCAUGGACGAAUCUUGAUCACGACAAAGCCCGCAGCACUGAUCAACAUCCACUGCACCGUCCUGCC